AUGUUCCUGCCAUAUUCCGGAGUACAUUCGCUCAUGAUACGGUUUUGUCGUUGUCUGAAUGCUUGUACCACCGACAAGCAAUUAUUUGAGAUGGGCAUGUUUCCGGCAUCCUUCACCUGGCCGAAGACCGCAUUUACCUUUUCGGUGCUGGAUGGUUUUGCCUUGGACAACUUGGAAUGCGGAACUUCGGCAAUGAAUUACUACAACAAGUUGAGAAGAAUGAUGUCAAGUAUAUUUCCGCAACUAGUCCCUGACCGUUACAGAGAACUGAUGAGGGUAGCACGGCAAUGGCGACGGCUGAAGCUGCUCAAAUGGAAUGGGUUUGGUUAUGAGAGAAGAAGGCCGACAUCCGGUGAACUCGCUCUCUUUUGCCCGGCUUGCCCUCAGCCCGGCAUUAACGCCCCACUACCGGCCAAUAGGCACCCCAAUGAUCCCAGUUGGCUAUAUGCCCGAUCACUGGUCAUGGACGGCAACUUGAAAGCAGAGCACCUUCAUCCUACUCACCCGGAAGAUGAAGUCUGGUUGACUGUUGACCAGUGCUUCAUGGUUUCCAAAGACCGAUAUAAGGCUCAUCUAGCCAUUGCCAAAGACGUUGUUCAACCCCACCGCACAAAUGGGCUCAGUCAAGCUUUGACAUUUUAUGACAUUAAUUGUCAGUAUAACAAGCACUUCCGGCAUCGGGUGAACGAGAGCCUCUAUUUGAGCCUCCCUUCUGGAAUGGAGAUCAUACUGGGAAUUGGCCUCUGGCAUGUUCAUGGACACCAAGACAAAUGCUAUGUUUGGUAUGCAUCAAUGUUUAUCACCGGGGCCGCUAGGAUCGACGAAUAUCAUUUCUCCCGCCGCGAGAGGGAUAUGAUUUGCAUGAGUUGA